ACAGUCCCGUUGGGAUUUAUAGCCUUUUGAUUUUUUUUCAAAGAGGUUUUCUUAAAUACACACACAAGAAAUCUGCAGCAUAUCUCGCUCGCUGGUAACAUUCAGCAUCUGGCUGCAUCUAACACUCUGGCUGUUAAAUGGGAUUUAGAGUCGGUGUGACACAUCGAGAGGCCGGCAUAGUACGAUCUUCAAGCGUUCAACCGGCUCCAAAGUUUACUUUCUUUCCCCAAGCUAUUUUGUAGCGUAAAGUUUCCGAGAAAUCAAUGGAAUGAACAGGCAGAUGUUGUCAGAUGUGUCUCCUUUUCCCCCAAUGGGACUCAGAAAGAGAAUGAAGUAACGGGAUGGAGACGGCGGCAGUCCCGGACUCCAGCAAAGCUGCUGCCUUUGGGGGGAGAGCCCUAAUCCUCUGUGCUGUAUUGUACUGUACUUGUUGUCUGGGACUUGCACAAGUACUGCCUGAAGAUGUGGACAUUCUCCAAAGGCUGGGCCUUACUGGGAAAAAAGCACAAACACAGUCAUCACCAUCUUCUGUAACGUCCCACUCGGUUCCUCAGGGGGUCAUUCCUUUUAAAUCAGGCGUUAUUCUCACUCAGAGAGCACGUAUCAAAACAUCUGUCGCAGCACUCAUUCCUGCUUCAUAUGGUACUAACUUCGCCAUAGUUUUGAGCCUAUGCUCUCAUCGUAUCAACAAUGCUUUUUUAUUUUCUGUUAGAAAUAAGAAGAAAAAGCUACAGCUUGGUAUUCAGUUUAUACCAGGUAAAAUCAUUGUGUACGUAGGACACAAACAGUCUGUAUAUUUUGAUUAUGAUGUUCACGAUGGCCAGUGGCAUCACAUGGCGAUCAACAUCAGGAGCCGAAAGGUUACUCUGUAUACUUCUUGUGGGAAGAAUCGCACUAAUGCAAAUUUGCAUUUCAAAAAAGAAGAUUCUUUAGAUCCAGAUGGUUCCUUUCUUUUGGGAAAAAUGAACCAAAACUCAGUUCAGUUUGAAGGAGCCAUCUGUCAGUUUGAUAUUUAUCCCUCUGCAAAAGCAGCUCAUAAUUAUUGCAAAUAUAUUAAAAAACAGUGUAGGCUGGCAGAUAUCUACCGGCCGAACCUUUUCCCACUUCUUCCUCUCUUACCACGUUCUCCUAAUUCAUCUGCUGUCACUUCUCCAUUAACACUGCAGAAAAGGACUGGAAAGGGUGACAACUGCACCGAUAAGUCAGCUUUUACGGACAUGUCUCAAACGGUGCCAAACUUUAACAUCCAGAUCAAUAAGCGAUCGUCUUUUGACACCAUGUCCCAGCCGGCCCAUUUGUCAGUACAACACCAGAGCACUGCUUCCUCCCCUCUGCAGCCAGCAACGACGACACUGAUCCCGAGCACUGAGUUUCUCCAGUUCCCGCCUCGUAUCAAAUUUCCAACCACAGCCCCUGCUACGAUGCCGUCUCGCACAGCUCUAGACAAGUCCACGGAAAAAAGCAGUGCCAAGAGGCAGAAAGGACAGAUUAGCAAAAACCUAUCUGAUAACACAACAGAGCAAGACAUGAAGAAGAAAGCUAGAGUGAUUGUAAAUGUGACAACAAGCCCAACAUCAACAAAGCCAGUAAAAAAGAAAUCAGAAUACCAAUCCACUGAAAGUCGACCUGAGACCCAGAAGCCCUCUACAAAAUUUGUGGAAGAAUCGCUGCAAAGACAGAACCAGCAACCAGAGAGGCAUAACAAACAGACACCAGAAACUAAAAAUGAGCCAAAGCUGACAACUCCAGGUGACUCCAGAGGUCCCUACACUGUGAUGUCUAUAACACCAGCUGCCACAGACGGAUACCAAACAUUCGGAAUGGAAAGUUUUACCAUGGAUCCACAAUUUCACGAGCUUCUAGGUAUAAAAGGAGACCCUGGACCAAUGGGUCCUCGUGGUCCUCCAGGCCUACCUGGUCAACCUGGAAAAAGAGGACCUCGGGGACGCCAAGGACCCCAUGGAAAUCCUGGUCGCCCUGGUCCCCCUGGUGUGAAGGGUCAUAAAGGUGAACCUGGCGUCUCUCCAGGGAAAGCACCCAAUGGACAAAAGGGUGAUGUGGGCCACCCUGGUGCUCUGGGACUCCAAGGACCACCAGGCCGAAAGGGGAUGAAUGGUUACCCUGGACCACGUGGCCAUCCUGGCGAACCAGGAGAACGUGGACCGAAUGGAAGCCGAGGUGCCAAAGGUUAUCCUGGCAGGCAGGGCUUACCAGGGCCAAUAGGGAAACGUGGGCCAAAAGGAAUAAGGGGCUUCAUAGGCCCACCAGGGUUAAUGGGGCCUUCGGGGGCAAAUGGAAAGCAAGGCAUACUCGGAGAAGCAGGGAAGAGGGGCAAGAUGGGUAGGCCGGGUUUUCCAGGAAAUUUUGGAGAGAGAGGAACGCCAGGUGCCGAUGGAAGUCCAGGAGAUUUGGGAGCCCCAGGCCCUCCUGGCGUUCGUGGAUUGGUUGGUGAUAUGGGGAGAAUUGGGAAAAUGGGCAGGCCUGGACGACCUGGACCAAAGGGGCUGAUGGGAAACCCUGGAGAACCAGGAUUGAAAGGUGAUAAGGGUGACGAGGGCAUUCCAGGAAUACCAGGAGAACCGGGUUUCCCUGGUGAUAAGGGUAAUCCAGGAUUACAGGGUUUGCCUGGAAUGAGGGGGAAAAUUGGGAUACCUGGAAGAAUUGGAGAUAAAGGUCCCACUGGAAUAUCAGGACCCCCUGGACUUGAGGGUUUUCCAGGAGAUAUUGGACCACCAGGGCAAAAUGGUCCAGAAGGCCAAAAGGGAAAACCUGGAGCACGAGGUCUACCUGGACCGCAGGGCCUGGCUGGUCGAGAGGGUGAUGAAGGACCAAGUGGACCAAUGGGAAAUCCAGGCCCUGAGGGACGUCCUGGGAGGAGAGGAUUUCCAGGCAAACCAGGACCUGAUGGUCCCAAGGGUGAACCAGGCGAUCUUGGAAGAGUUGGGAAAAUUGGAGAGCAGGGUGAGCCAGGAUUCAUGGGACCAAUCGGAGAACUUGGAAAGAUUGGGGAAAAGGGUGACCGUGGUGAAACAGGUCCUCCGGGCCCUCCAGGAGUUAAAGGAGCAACGGGUCACCCAGGUCCUCCCGGGGAACUAGGCCCUCCAGGACCAAUUGGACCACCAGGUGUCAAAGGCGUUCCAGGACCUCCGGGAAUAAGAGGAAUGAAGGGCCGCAGGGGUGCAAGAGGUUCUGACGGUCCUACGGGGGAGCCGGGGUCACCAGGUAUCAAGGGAUCUGUAGGGGAUCCAGGACGUACUGGACGAGGUGGGCAUCAGGGGAAAAGAGGAGAACCAGGAAAGACAGGAUCACGCGGAUUUCCAGGUAUACCAGGACCUUCUGGUCCUCCAGGUAUAAAAGGAGUUCCAGGUGAACCAGGGCCUCCUGGACCCGAGGGAGUUAUUGGAAUGCUGGGAGAGAUGGGCCCAAAGGGGAUUCCUGGUCCUAUUGGUGAGCCUGGACUCCCAGGUGAAGUCGGAGAAAAGGGUGCAAUCGGACCAGCUGGUGUUGCAGGUGAACAAGGACUCAUGGGUCAAAGGGGUGAGCCUGGUCUGGUUGGUGAUGAUGGACCCCCGGGAAUUGACGGGAUCAAGGGUGACAAAGGAGACCCAGGGGUUGAAGGAGAUAAAGGAGAGAAGGGGCCAGAAGGAAUGAAAGGAAAAGAAGGACCACCGGGAGUACCAGGAAUCACAGGAGUACAAGGACCUGAAGGAAAACCAGGAAGACCUGGGAUAAGAGGAAUACCUGGCAGAAAGGGCAGCAAAGGACACAUGGGAUACCUGGGAGAAACUGGACCCCCAGGAGAGCAAGGACCUGUAGGAAUCCAAGGGCCCAAGGGAUCUCGAGGAACACGAGGAUCUCUGGGUGCUCCUGGUCGUAUGGGUGUUCAGGGUGAAAUUGGGCUUGCAGGCUAUGAGGGGCAUAGAGGACCGCCUGGCCCAAAAGGACCACCAGGUCCCAAAGGUGAAAAGGGUGAACAAGGGGAUGAUGGGAAGAUGGAAGGACCAGCUGGCCCACCCGGUGACAGGGGUCCUAUUGGAGAUCGGGGAGACAGGGGCAAUUCUGGAGAUCCUGGUUAUCCUGGUCAAGAAGGCCUGGAUGGUGAGAGAGGCAAACCUGGUCAGCAAGGUUCACCAGGCAAUCCUGGACCUCCAGGUGAGCCAGGUGUAAAAGGAUCUAAAGGUCAAGAGGGACGAAAGGGAAAAACAGGUGCCCAAGGCAUGCGAGGAAGUCGAGGCCCUCCUGGUCCAGUUGGGCCCCCUGGUCCGAGGGGUGUUGUUGGCCGACAAGGUCAAGAAGGUGCUCCAGGCUUGGAUGGAAUUCCAGGAAUUGAUGGCAAAGCAGGAAUUACAGGAGAGCAGGGAGAUGAUGGCCUUGUGGGAUUGAUCGGUGCGCCUGGACCACGUGGUCGUGCUGGAGUACCCGGACUACCCGGAUCUCAGGGCCCCCCUGGCUUUAAGGGAGAAAGAGGUUUGCGGGGUCAGACAGGACCACCCGGGAUAAAAGGAACAGAAGGAGGGACAGGUCUGCCCGGGAAGAGAGGCAAUCCGGGUGCCAAAGGUCAACCGGGAGAUCCUGGAGAGUCUGGCUUCCCUGGGCUGAUGGGAGUAUUUGGACCAAAGGGCCAUCCUGGAGACAUGGGUUUUACUGGGAUCCAAGGUCCAAAAGGGCCUCCAGGAUUAAUGGGUAAAGAAGGCAUCAUGGGUCCAUUCGGUUUGACUGGUCCUAGGGGACAUCCUGGUCCAAAAGGUUACAAAGGAAGUCAAGGUAACACGGGGCCACAAGGGCCAACGGGUCCCAUGGGACCUCGAGGACUCCCUGGACCACCAGGCCCUCCUGGAAUUCCAGGCGCACUUAAAACUGAAGAUCUAGGCGCUGCUUUACAAGCGUAUAUCGAAUCCAAAACUGUACUCAGGACAGAGAACUAUCAGAAUUCAGACCUACCUUUGAUUGACCAGGGAGCAGAGAUCUUUAAGACCCUACACUACCUCAGUAAUCUUAUCCACAGCAUAAAGAACCCUCUGGGCACUAGGGACAAUCCAGCCCGGGUCUGCCGUGACCUUAUGAACUGUGAGCAGCGAAUGAACGAUGGCACUUACUGGAUCGAUCCUAACCUUGGCUGUACCUCUGACACGAUUGAAGUAGCGUGCAACUUCACGAAUGGCGGGCAAACCUGUCUCAAACCCAUCACAGUGUCAAAGUUGGAGUUUUCUGUGGGGCGAGUCCAGAUGAACUUUUUACAUUUGCUGAGCUCCGAGGCAGUCCAGCACAUCACCAUUCACUGCCUGAACGUGCCGGUGUGGACGGACGGAAAGUCAAACAAACCUUUCAAGCAAGCCGUGAAGUUCAAGUCCUGGAAUGGCCUGAUGUUGGAGGCAGGAGGACACUUUAUUCCAAAAGUGCUGCUGGAUGACUGCCGGAUACAGGAUGGCCGAUGGCAUCAGACACACUUCUUUUUUCACACACAAGAUCCCAAUCAGCUGCCAAUAAUUGGCAUCUAUAACUUACCACAACCAAAGCCUGGAAUUCAUUACCACCUAGAGGUCGGGCCCGUCUGCUUUCUCUAACUUCUGACUGAACAAGCCUUAACCCACAUCAGAGCAUAGUUAUUCUUUACUAUAUAUUAAUAAAAGUGAAGGAAUUGCUAGUAUGAUGUGAAAAUGUCACAUUGCUGAUCAGAGAGGGCCACGGAAGGCGGUUCCAAAAUAACCAAGGAAAAUGUUAUCGGACUUGAUUUGAGCGAGAGUUCUUAGCUAAAACAACUAGAAUUUUAAAAUCUCCAACAGUAGCCAAAGAAUCUUUCUGCCAUUGUGUUGAGAGAAGUGAGAAUGUCUAUAACUGGGCUGCAGAAAAUCCAUUUUCUUUUUAAAGCUAAACAAAUCGGUUUCUAGUGGCUCUGAAACCAAGAGGGCGUAAUGUCAAUAGCCACAAGAGGGAUUGAAUACAGUAGCUGGUGACAGCGUGUCUGAUAAGCAUCACCAAUGUGCAAUAGUGGUGGGGAAAGGGAAACUUACGAGCUGUUGAAAUUUUCUAAAUCCAUGACGUUUAAUUUAAUGUGUGACCCAAUCUAGAGCUGGCUUGCAGCCAAAAGAUGACUGACUUAAUUGACUGGUUGCAGGCAAAGGGAAUCAGAGGGGGAAAAAAAAGUGGUGCACCCGCACUACCUGCUUGUCUAGAUUUAUGAAAUGGUGCUAAUAGGAUGAGCUUCCCGGGGUGAUUUUCUACCUCCCAUUACCUAGUAUUGGUGCUCACGUUCUCUUGUCUUGUUUCCGUUCACAUAUCAGCUCUGACUCAAUGGUGCUAUGCUAUUCCCAUAGAGCAAAAGAGGCUGUCCCGGGGUAAAAUUUCUACUACUUUCUGAGUGGGGUGAGAUCCCUCAUCCUUGUCUCACUCCUCCCUACAGAAGUGCAACAAUAGUUGUUAACUUAAUUAUGUCUAAAAGUGCCUUUAAUAUUUUAAGGGGGAAUAUUAAUUGUGUCUUGGAGAGGUAUGACAGCAGCCUACCAUUCCUGAGUCACUGAAUGACUUUUUUUUUUAAAGAGUAAAGUUGGGAAAUUGAUGAGAGUUAAUCUAUUUUUGAAAGCUAUACUGUCUCUUAAGUUCUUUAUUUUGAAUACUGCUUCUGUUUGUACAAAGUUGCCCUUGAAAGCUGUAAUUAAUAUUUAGGGAAGCUUUAUUAAAAAGGAACUAGAACUUUUCUGAAAUGGUAGAUUCUCCACCUUCUUAUCAAAUUGUGUAAAAUGUUUCUACAUGCUAUGUUGUAUACAGUGGAUCAAUAUUUUACAGUCUGCUAUUUAAUGUUAUUUAAAUGUUUUAAAAUCAUAGUUAAAAAAAAAGUUGCCUCUCCCUAUCACAGAUGUCUAUGUUUCAAAGUAGAUCUAUCUUUUUGUAGUUGUAAACUUAUUGCUUCAGCACCCAACUGGUCUUGGAGAGUUAUGUGGAGUUCUUUUGUGGCUUGUCUAAUGUGUAAAUUUGGUGCUUCGAAGAGAAUAUUUCAGUGUUUGAAAUCUAUAAGGUAUUAUGCAGAGUUUAAACGUACUGUAUAGGAAAAUGCAUUAAGCGCUUUUUAAUUCCUGUUUUUUUUUACUUUGAAGGAAAUAUGUGAAGAAUCUAAAAUUCUAAUACGUUAUUUUUAAAAAUCUGAUAAUACAGUUGAAAAAAAAAGCCAUCAGAAUACCUCAAAUUCAUUUUGGUACCAUUCUGAACACAUUUCAACUUUGUUUCAUUUUAGUUGAAUUUUCCAUUUUUUUUUACUUUGUUUUUUCUAUUCCAUUUGCUUUUCUGUGUGUCUGUUGCUAUAGAAACAGAGUUGCCAUAAGAUGGUCAUCUGCAGACAACAGUAUCAUUAUUGCCUUAGUUGCAAAUGUUUGAACGUACUGUACAACAGUUCACUAUUUAGCUGUGAAGUACCUUACUCAGCCUUUGCUAGUCUCAUUGGAGCAGACGUCCAUUGUUUGAAAUUUAAAGUUUCUGAAACUUUAUUGAAAUAAAUAUUUCAAACU